AUGGUGGUGUGCGCGCCCACUGGUUCCGGCAAGACAGUGAUAUUUGAAAUGGCGAUCGUCCAACUGCUCAUGGAGUUAGAGGACAAAAAUUACAUCGAUGACUUCAAAAUUAUAUACAUGGCUCCAGUCAAAGCUCUCUGUACGGAACGAUUAACAGAAUGGUAUCCAAAGUUCACUAAAUUUGGACAUCUGUGCAUUGAAGUUACAGGAGACACUGAUGUGGACUUCUCCCAAUUAAAACCGUAUAGGAUAAUAAUAACAACUCCCGAGAAAUGGGACAUGCUUACUCGUCGGUGGCGCGACCACAGGGGCUUAGUAGAGGUCAUCAAACUCUUCUUGAUAGAUGAAGUGCAUAUUCUCAAUGACGAAACUAGAGGACCCGUGUUAGAGGCUGUUGUUAGUCGUAUGAAGACUAUUGAGGCCUCAUCACAAUCGGCCCAUCGAAUCGAACAACUGCAAAAACAGUAUCAAGAAAAUAAUCAGUUAAUUUCAAUGACCCCACCUCGUAUCCGGUUCGUGGCAGUUUCUGCUACUGUUAGCAACCCUGAAGACGUCGCUGCCUGGUUGGAAAGUGGUGAUAAAGCUGCUGUCUUCUACAAGUUUGGUGACGAAUGUCGCCCAGUGAAACUGAAGCGCGUAGUGGAGGGCUACCCGUGCCCGGAAGGAAUGAGCAUAUUUAAAUUCGACAUUAUCCUCAACUACAAACUGUGGCCAAUUAUUCAAAAAUACCACGACGGGAAACCUACUUUGAUAUUCUGCAACACACGAAAGAGCGUACUAAUGACAGCUGAGACGUUGUCCAAAGAAGUGACCAUCAAUUUCACGCCGGAGCAAAAGUCCAGACUCACAGCUGUAGCAUCAACUAUAAAAAACAAGAAGUUGCAGUCACUAGUGUUAAGCGGUGUUGGAUGCCAUCACGCUGGGUUGUUGUUCGAAGAGAGGCUGAACAUCGAAAACGCGUUCCGCAAUAGGGAUCUACCUAUUCUUAUAACCACUACAACCUUAGCAAUGGGCGUCAAUUUACCAGCUCAUCUUGUCGUAAUAAAGAACACUCAACAGUACGUCAAUGGUGCUUACCAGGAGUACAGCAUCAGCACCGUGCUGCAGAUGGUAGGCCGCGCGGGCCGGCCGCAGUUUGACACAGAGGCCACAGCCGUUAUUAUGACGCGCCUUUGCGAUAAGCCCCGUUACCAAGCGCUGGUUAGUGGCAGCGAGCCUCUCCAAAGUUAUUUGCAUAAACGUUUAGCGGAGAACCUAAACAGUGAAGCUGCACUGGGUACCGUAUGCGAUGUUGCUCAGUGCGUGCAGUGGCUACGUUCCACUUUCCUAUGCAUACGCGCUGCGCGUGACCCACGAAGAUAUCUUGGCAUACAACCAGACGCUCCUCCUCAUCUCAUUAAUAAGAAAAUUGAAGAAUUAUGCGUGAAAGCUAUGAACGGUCUGGCAAGCUCAGGUCUUAUAACUAUGGACGAAGCCAGCUGCAUCUAUGCGACUGAAGUCGGUCGCCUCAUGUCCAUCUAUUACUUGGACUUGGAAACUAUGAAGCACAUUAUGAAGAUCGAAGGCUCAGAAUCCCUAGAACAACUGUUACGGGUAAUAUGCGAGAGCCACGAGCUGGCAGACAUGCACUUGCGUGUGGACGAACGGAGGUGCCUUAAUACGUUAAACCGGAACAAUGCUUCCGCCACUAUUAGGUUCCCUAUCAAAGGCAAGAUCAGUACCCGACAAAUGAAACUUAAUUGUAUAAUACAAGCCGUAUUGGGAUGCCUGACGAUCCCAGACCCCUCCUUAAAUCAAGAAGCCAUGAAGGUUAUGCGCAUCGCUGAUAGAAUAUGCAAAUGCUUAGUAGCUUACGUCACUCGUCCUGACCACAUUUCCACACAGCCAAAGUGUUUCUCAGCGGCUCUGAAUGCUCUCAUUUUAGCCAAAUCUAUAGCAGCACAUUUAUGGGAAAAUUCACCUUACGUGAGUAAACAACUCAAAGGAAUCGGACCAGCGUUCAGUACUUUACUCGCUUCGGCUGGCAAAAUUAAUUUCACGUUGCUCGAAGAAAGUCAUCCCAGAGACUUGGAAAGGAUAAUGAACAAAAGUGCACCAGCUGGCAAUGUCCUCCGUAAGCAAAUUAGCCUUCUCCCGAAGUAUCAAUUGGUAAUGACACCCAUAAGCAAUAAUAAAGCAUCCAUACAACUGACUUUGCUCAACCACCCUCACCUAGCUGAAAACAUUGGCCAAUUGACCGCGGGAGCGACUCAUAAAUGCCACAUAAUAGUCGGCGACUCUGAGAACAAUAUUCUGUUACUGAUCUGUUUCAAGGACAAAGAUUUGAUUGGCAUCUAUAAUGGAACCCUAACAUACGAGAUAACAAGGAUACAUAACUUUGAACACAAAGUUUUUGCCCAUUGUAUCAGUUCAAACUUUGUCGGUUUAGAUGUACAAUCUGAGUACUUGUUCAAAGGUUUGGAACCUUUAUUGUCACAAGGCGAAUCUAUGGUUUAUCCUAUACAAGAACCAACCAUAAAGAAAAUGUUUAAAAAACAGACAACUAUAACAGAUAGUUUCAAAGAACGCAAAAGGAAAAUCAAUGAUUUAGAAAUAUCACAGAGCAAAGAAAAGAAAAAACGUGAUAACGCUGUUAUUGAGAAAUUCAGACAUCUUAAAGGUUCAUUAGGAAAAUCGUCCACAGAGUUGAGAAAAAAAUUACAAAAGCCAGUGGAAAUUUCAAAUAAACUACGACAAAUGACGCCACCUGGUAAUACCAAGGAAAUUAAUCACGAAAACAGUUUUGGACUUGCUUAUGAAAACGAAAAUGAUUAUGAUACAAUAGUAAGAGAAUAUGAAUACCCAGAGAUGAUCUCUGAAGAUUUCGACAAUGAACAGGAUUUCACAGCUGACGACCAUUUUGAUAACAUUCUAAAUGAGAUAGAAAAUGAAAUUUCUAAAACUCGAUACUCUGACGGACCAGUAAAUAGCCAAAAUCAUACCAUGUCUUUAGAACAAACAUCACGAAAAAACAAGCCGAACCCAUUCAGCAAGCCCAACUGCAAACUAUUAAAUCUAAAAACGCCAACUAAGUCCACUAGAUGUAAUUACAAUUUCAUCGAAUUAUUACAAAGACGUGAAAAUUUAAGCAAUGAAGACGAUACUAUUUCUAGUAAAAGUAAUAGUGGAUUUUCAGAUACAAUCAAGAGUCAAGUCGAAAAGUUCAUAAUGAAUACUAGUAUUACUACCGCAUAUACGGUGGAUCCUGUCAUGAAAGAAUUAAUAAGCAAUUCCUCACCUUCCAAAUCGUCUAACAAACAAGUAAAAGAUUUGGAAUCGUGUCCUGAAAAUCUAAUGCUCCAUAAUAAUAAGAUAAUGGACAAAAACACUACAAUAGUCUUAAAACCACCUGAAAAUUUUAUCGUGUCGCCGAAGCAUUUAGCAAGUGUAAAAGAACAUGACGUUGACAUGACAAAAGGACCAGAAGUUACAUUUGGAACGUCUCGAUCAAACAACGAUAUAGAUCAAAUACCAAUAAAAGGCGCUCAAAAUAAAAAUCAAAACGAUUUCACACAUGAGAAUAAUAAAGUAAACGUAAUUAGUCUCGUAAAUCAAAAAAACAAAAUUAAGGACUUACAGGAGAAUUUAUCUCCUGAAAUGAUUUUAGACGACGUCAACAACAAAAGAGAAUUUUCAUAUUUUAGUCAAGAACUACUCAAAAGUUCAUGUGAUUUGAAGAAAUUUGAUCAUCGCCUCCACGAAAUAGCACCUGAAAAGUGUCGUCAAAAUAAUAAUCUAAAAAUAACAAUACUUGAGCAAGAGCGAAAAGGCAAUCUCUUAGAAGUUGAAGAGGUUGAAAUUGUUAAGGAUGACACUGACACUUACGUAUUAGGUCCAGAUUCGCAUGAAAAAUAUAUUCCUAAGGAAAAUCUGCCUAGUCUGUCUGAUGUGAAUUUAAAGCAGGUUGAGUGCGCAAAUAACAAUUUGACAAACAUGAAGAUGGACUGUGGCCUCAACUUUCUUACGAAUAUCCCAUAG